GCCGCGCCGCUGGAAGCCCAUGCCCGGCCCGAGCCGCCCGGGGGUUGCUCAUGAGGCCGCUGCCGAGCGGGAGUAGGAAGAACCGCGGCAUAUCCCUGGGGCUCCUCGCCCUCUGCCUGGCUGCCGCGCGGUGUCUGCAAAGUCAGGGCGUGUCACUGUACAUCCCCCAGUCCACCAUCAAUGCCACGGUGGAGGAAGACAUCCUGCUCUCGGUUGAGUACUCCUGCCACGGCGUCCCCACCAUCGAGUGGAAGUAUACGUCCAACUGGGGAGCGCAGAAGAUCGUGGAGUGGCAGCCAGGGACUCAGGCCAACAUCUCCCAAAGCCACAAGGACAGACUCUGCACCUUCGACAAUGGCUCCAUCCAGCUCUUCAGUGUGAGCGUGAGGGAUUCCGGCUACUACGUCAUCACGGUGACGGAGCGCCUGGGGAGAAGCCAGUUUGGCACCAUUGUGCUGCACGUGUCGGAGAUCCUCUAUGAAGACCUCCACUUUGUUGCUGUCUUCCUUGCUUUUCUCGCUGCGGUGGCCGCACUGUUAAUCAGCCUCAUGUGGGUGUGUAAUAAGUGUGCAUAUAAAUUCCAGAGGAAGAGAAGACACAAACUCAAAGAGAGCACCACUGAGGAGAUGGAACUGCAAGAUGUUGAGUGUUAGCCAAGGCUGCACCCAGUUACAUUCCUACCUCAAGAGGAAAAUGUUAUUUUUCCAACAAAAGGAGCAAACCUGGCCGAUCCACCCUCAGAGCCUCCCGUUGCCCGGCCUGGGCCAGCCAUUCCUGAAGGCACUGCGGAUGUGAGCAAAAUCGACUGGAGUUGAGGACUCUUGCUCCCCACACUCUGGGGCCGAGGCCAGAGCGUGUCCAGACUGAGCGUGCAGCCAGCCCUGGACAGGCUCUCCGUGUCCUUUCCCUCUGCUGUGGGAGCUGCUGGGAGAAGUUCGACGGGCCGCCUGCCGAGCAGAGGUGGAGGCCGCGAGCCUGCUGUGGGGCCCUAAUGAGGUGCUCGGAGCAGGGCCAGGCCCUGGGCCAGAAGCUUUAGGGAGGGGAGCUUCACUCGUGCCCGUGGGACCAGCACUGGAAACAGGAAUAGGGAGAUCACCUUUCUCUUCCUCUCUUAUUCCAGCGUUAAUCAGAUUUUCCCUCCAUGGCCCCAACUUAGGCCAGUGUGAGGAACCCACAUGUUCAUCGCCACUGGGGGCAGCAGCUGGGGUCCAGAUGGCUCCCUGACAGGCUGGGUAAUGGUACCUGUGUGAAAGCGAGCCUGCAUGGGGUAUGACCAUGCACGGUGGUAUGACCAGGACGUUAGCUUGGGCUUCAGGUCUCUGCACCCCCCUCCCCCUGUCACCAAUGCUUUGUCUCAAGUCAGGCCCUCGUGCUCUCCCAAGUGGGCUUAGGAACGCUUGGCCCUCACCUACCUCAUAGUCAGGGUAUCACGUGAAGCCCACGAAUGCAUAGAGCUCCCCAAGCAGUUGAAGAAAAGCAUGAGGAUUCUUCAAGGAUCUGGAAAGCAGUAAGUCCUCUACGGAGCGCUACCAAGUGAGAAAACGCUCUGGGGUCUUGGGGCUUCAGGCGAAAUGAGGGACUGGAUCACAACUGGCCUCGGCUCUCAUUCUCUUGGCUUGUUAGUCACCAUGUUUACCUGAAAGUGUCUCCAUCGCAUCUUCCAUUUGGUAAGCUCUAAAGCAGGCAUGAAUUUAUUUUCCAUUCUCCUUUCUCUCUCCAACAUUCUUAGCUACAGACCAAAGGCACCACCCCAGUUACGGUGGAGGCCGAGGUCAGGAGCUAAGUCCCCAGCCUCCACCUGCAAAUUCACCCAUGCAGACAUGAAGGAGAGCUAGAACAUUCCCUCCUCUUUUCCUUAAGUCCUCAGUGUCUACAUCUGUUCUACUUGCCAUGUGGCAAAUGAGAAGUUGCCUGGAGAAGUUGCUAAGAGGCCUUUCUCUAAAUAAUCCAAGGUUACAAGGAGAGAUCUGGAGCAGUCGGACAGGAGCUCUGUGACCUUCCAAAAGGACUCUAAAGGCACUACUUGAUUCAAAAGGCAAGAGAGCAAUUGGUCCACACAACUAAUUGGUAGCUGGAGCGCCUGCCACAGAGAAGAUUCUCAGCCUCGGGCCACUUCCUGUAUACGCACAUGUCCUUUCCCCAGGCAGCAGUCGGAGGAGCCAGGCCCCAGUGCCACGAGGAAGCAGGGUGGGAGUACCAGAACAAAGAGAGGGUCAAGGGUCAUCUGAUCAGUUCUUUCUUUCACACAGAAGGCCCACUGGCAGGAAACGGAUUGGAUCAGGAUGGCUGCUGGAGUCUGUGUGUCCUCCUUUAUACUCCCUACUUUCCAGAACUGAACUUCUCAGCUUGUCAGAAGUCAGGGGUGGUCAUCUUCAGAAUAAAAGGUGAAAUGGAGGGGCGCCUGGCUGGCUCAGGAGGUAGAGCACACGACUCUUGAUCUCGGGGUUGUAAGUUCGAGCCCCAUGUUGGGUGUAGAGAUUACUUAAAAAUAAAAUCUUGAAAAAGGAAUGGCAAAGCAUACCUAAGGAGAGGCCUCCAUGGACAAAACCAAAUGUAAAAUAAACUGCCCCCCAAAACUCAUGAAAAGUUAGCCCACCUGGCUUUCCAUUUCUUUAUUUUGCACUUUUAAAGCUCCCUCCAUCCUGAACAUUCUUGUGGAAAGUGUUCAUUCCAGAGCCUGAAGUUGUUGUUUUUUUUUUUGGUCUAUUUUCCAAAAAAGAAAACAUUAUGUUCUAGAGGGUAGCCACUGGAAAUAUUAAGCUAUAAGUUAUGUUUUAAGCUGUGGAAAAAUAUUAAAGAAUGAAAUAAAGCCUGGAAAUAAAGGCCGGGUGCUUUGUGUGUGAGCCCACU